GUAUAGUGAAUAUUCGACUGCCAAUGUCUGUAUAUUGUUCCGUUUCAAUUCUAUAUUUGUGUGUGUGUAAAGAUACGUAAAAAUACAAGUAGAAUAAUGUAAAAAUAAUAAUAAAUUCAAAGUUGUGAACAUAUAUUAGUAUAAAACAGAUAUGUACAGAAGAUAGUGAACUAACAACACAAGGGGCUCGACUGAUGACGGGCGUGUCGGCUUCGAGCACCGAGGGACUUCGCACGUUUGAGAGAAUUUAACACAAACAACGUCCCAGACCAGAGAACAAGAUGGUGGACAAAAUGUCACGGUAUAGAUAUGCACCGCUACUGGUGUUCCAAAUAUUCCUGAUGAUCCUAUACAUACUGUUCACCACGUAUGGAGGUGCUGAAGAAGCCAAUAUUAAAGGCUUUGAAGACACACAUGUGAUGAUAUUCAUCGGCUUUGCGUAUCUCAUGACAUUCCUUAAGAAGUAUUGCUACUCUGCUCUUGGAUACAACUGGUUUUUAGCAGCAUUGGUCAUACAGUGGGCACUGCUCUGCCAAUCCUUCUUCCAUAUGAAAGACAAUAUGAUUCAUAUAACGAAGAAAAGUUUAUUGGAGGCUGACAUUAUGUCCGCGACUGUCCUCAUCACGUUCGGAGCUUUACUGGGUCUUGCAAGCGGAACCCAGCUAUUGUUCAUAGCCAUCAUAGAAACAGCAGUCGGCUGCAUAAAUUUGUACCUAAUGGAAAGUGUUUAUAAGGUCACAGACAUAGGUGGCUCUAUAGGUAUUCACACGUAUGGUGCGUACUUCGGGCUGGGAGUGAGCACUGCAUUUAGGUUGAGGAAGCCCACUGGACCGGACGCGGCCGGUACUGAGCGCCUCGAUGGACCCACCUACAUCUCCGAUAUUACUGCUAUGCUUGGUUCAAUAUUCCUAUGGAUCUUCUGGCCAUCGUUCAACUCCGGUUUGGCGCAAACUGACGCCGAAGCUCAGCGAGCAGUGGUCAACACUUACCUGUCUUUAGCUGCAGCUACGGUGACAACAUUCGUCCUCUCUGCAAUGGUGAGCCAUAAACCAGGCAAGCUGGACAUGGUGCACAUUCAGAACUCCACCCUUGCUGGUGGUGUGGGAGUGGGAGCUGUCGCCAACCUGUUCAUUGGGCCUGGAGUCGCUAUAGCUAUUGGUAUUGGUGCUGGUGUCAUCAGCGUGUUGGGAUACAGAUUUGUGACGCCAUUGCUAGAAAAGAUCGGCAUCCAGGACACAUGUGGUGUGCACAACCUGCACGGCGCUCCUGGAGUAUAUUCUGGUCUACUGUCAGCUCUCUUCGCAGCUAUCGCCACUGUCGACACGUAUGGCUCCGAGUAUAGCAAUAUCUUCAGUGCAGGAGCUGCGGACGGCAGAUCGAGUUCGAUGCAAGCUGCAUAUCAGUUGGCAGCCCUUGCAACUACGCUGGUACUGUCAUUCGGAACGGGAUUCAUUUCCGGUUUGAUCGCAAAAACGAAGUUGUUCGCGCCCCUAGAGGUGCACCAGCGAUACGACGACGAAGUGAACUGGGAACUGCCCUAACUUAACAUAACAAUGGCGUCUUUAUUCUGAAAGCUUUCAAUUGUAAACCUCAUGAUAAUCAAACAGUUCCGGAAGAAAAAUAAAAAGGAAUAAGUAUGUGUUUUUUUUUGGGUUACGACGAAAAUGUUGUAAAGAUUGUCGUUUGAAGACAGGAGGCCUAUUGGAAUACUUAUCUUUUUUUUAGGAAAUGUAUGUAGUUUUCGAAUGACUAGCCAAAGGAAACAAGGAUUUGAUAGGCCAAGAAAACCUCUAUUGACAGGCAAGAGCAUCUUUGUAUCGGAGCAUUUUUGUAUGAAGCCUAGAUUACCUAAGAUAUUUAGAGUGUAGAGGAGUCGUCAUAUACAUAGGUUAGUGUUCUAUACUCUCAAAAAGAUCAAAGUUUACUGAUUGGUUAAGAUGAUAAAUGACUUUUAUAUUCAACUCAACAUCUAAUUAGUGCGAAUGUUCACUAUAGAAAUUAUCUGUAAGAUUAUAAUGUUCGGUGAAGUCAUACGAGAAAUGUAAGAAUCGUUUUUGGAUUGACGAUGACUAAACGUGUCAUAAUUAUAAGUUGUAUCAUUUGUGAAAUCGCAUUUUUAAAUUCUUGAUAUUAAUACUUUUCUAAGCCUAAAGGUGAUCGCUUAACCCCAGCGCACACUUGACGACCCACCCCGUGCCUCCUAUCUUCGGCAUGCCAUUUUCAUCCAAAUGCCAUAGUAGUUAAGAUUUACUUUAAAUUGAUUUAUUCUCAGCAUCUUUGCCGCGCCUCCGCCGGUGUAUGCUGGGCUUUUGUGAUCAAAAUCGUACACAGAGCUAGGAGUUUUUAGUAUACAUUUUCUGAGUCUCUGUGCGUUUCAUAUCGAUCUGAUAUUUUUUUUUU